UCUUAGGGCGAAAUAGCUUUAUGCGUGGAAAUUUUUUUGGACAGAGCAAUGAAACUCCUAAUUCUGAACCUAAAACCAUUACAACAACAGCUGAAAAUGUAAGAUCCGUUUCAAUCAAUCUUCAAAUCCAAGAAAAGGUCAACGAACUUGAAAAAUCCUUAAACGUAGCAGCAAACGAGACGAAUGAAUUGAACCACACAUUGAACAGUAUAAUCAAAUACAGGAAGCAGUUAGAUGCCAUUUCAACAGAUUUAGAAAAAAAAGUACAAGAAGAUGCAAAACUUCUGAGAGAAGUUGAAGAGCAAAUAGAAAAUAUGGGGAUUAUUGAAAAAGAACUAAAUAUUAAAGAAGCAAUGCUGCUCGCAUUGAACGGACGAGAAACUAUAUUGAGCAAAAAAAUUGAACAUGAUUUGAACUUUUACAACGAUCCUAGCGUCCUUGAUAGCUGGAAUAUUUCAUUUUUUGCGCAACACACUGGUACCUUCAAUGUCAAAACUGUCAUACAUCCUUAUGACAUAGUUCCUUUAAACCAAGGCCAGUGUUUCAGUUCUUCGUCGGGCGUAUUUACUGUACCAUUUCACGGCAUGUAUCAUUUCUAUUUCACAGCAUUGAAAACGAAAAAGCAAGAGUCUGGAACAGGCCGUUUAACAAUACAACUCGUGAAAAACCGAAAAAUCGUUCCAACUUUACGGGAAGUGUUGGCUGAAAUUCAUAUGGAUUCAACUGAUUCGUACGGGUUUUUCCCCUUGCAAUUACAAGCAACCGCCGAACUGCAGGAAAGGGAUGAGAUAACUGGAGAAUUGUUUGAAGGUUCAAUUUACGAGAGCGGUUCCCUCGAUCACCCUCUCACCAGUUUUGGUGGCUUUCUUAUUAACCGUUUAUGAAAUGAAAAUCCCUUAUUUCAUUUAAAUAUUCUAAAUUUUAUAUUUUACUAUUUUUGACAUG